GCUGUGUUUGGGCGGUUUGGGACGCUGUUGUGUCGCCCUGCGUGUCGGUCGUCCGCGGAGGUGCUAGAUAAGUGCGCUGAGCGCUCGUCCGCGGUAGGUGGCAAGAGACCUUCAAUUGUUCACAGCUGCUCAGUGAGUGACCACGAAAAUUCGUCGCAUUUCUAGAAGAAUUUUCCCCGCUAUUUCAGUUUUGCGACCUGGGUCUUGGAAAACGUCGAAAAGUAUUCAGGUCCUGAGGUUUUUUUCCAGGUGCCUUGUGGUUGCAGGGAAAACGAUGACUUAUUUGUGAUGGAAUGAUAUUUCCAUGACAUGGAGAUGUAAACAAAGGACAACAUUUGUCCAAUUCCCUGCACCGUUUUUGGUGACACGAAAAUUCACUAGGUAAACUUGAGGCUUGAGAUGCUCAUGCUGCAUGCAAGAUACAAGACUGAUGCAAGCCAGUGUGACACAAAUCAGAGGCAAAUUUUUGGCUCAUUGAAAGGAGAGAUUGCUGUUCUGGUGUCAAGGAAUAGUAGGAAAGGCUGCAUGUUGAAGUCUUUCAAGAGCUUUUAAGUCUUCAAAGGAUGGCCAUUCAAAGGGUCAUGGAGAUUUUUCACAUUGGCGUGCUCAUCACUGGAGGACUGCUGAUCACUAGCAGACAGGUGGAAGGCCUGCUCUGUGAGUGCAGUGGUAACUGUCCGGGACAGAACAAUACCUGUGAGACAGACGGCGUGUGCUUCACGUCUGUGCAAAAGACGGAUGUUCACUCAAAGCACAUCAUCACUCAGUAUAAGUGCCUGCCCCGGCAGUUGUUAUCGCCGCCGGACAACCCGCUGGUGUGCCACGGCAUCAGCGCUAACAAUAGGACGUACGCGAGCGCGUGCUGCAGUGACAGCGACCACUGCAACGUUCGCCUGGGGCCGCAGCUGGACGUGUCGCCGCUGCCAGAGCCGCCGCCGCUGUCGGGCUGGCUGGACCGCAGCCGGAUCCUGUUCCUGCGCAUCACGCUGCCGGUGGUGUUCGUCAUCCUGCUGCUGCUGGUCGUCAUCUGGACCUACAUGAAGAUGACGGCCCCGCGCUCCGGCGGCGACCUCCAGGGGCGCGGCCCCUCCGGCUGCAUCGAGUGCUGCACGCGCAAGAAGCGUUCCAAGCGGCCGCCGUUCGACGACAUCGGCGAGCGGCUGCUGGAGGCGUCCGAGUGCGGCCAGCUGGGCGGCACCGGCGCCAACCUCAAGACGCUGAUGGAGGCGAGCACGUCCGGCUCGGGCUCGGGCCUGCCGCUGCUCGUGCAGCGCUCGGUGGCGCGCCAGGUGACGCUCGACCAGAGCGUCGGCAAGGGACGCUACGGCGACGUGUGGCGCGGCCGCUGGCACGGCGAGGACGUGGCCGUCAAGAUAUUCUCGACGCGCGACGAGCGCUCGUGGUUCCGCGAGGUGGAGAUCUACCAGACCGUGAUGCUCCGACACGAGAAUAUUCUGGGAUUCAUCGCCGCCGACAACAAGGACAACGGCACGUGGACGCAGCUGUGGCUCAUCACCGACUACCACCGGCACGGCAGCCUGUUUGACUACCUGCAGCGGAGUACAGUGGACGUGCGCGGCAUGUACCGGCUGGCCGUCUCCAUCGUCACCGGCCUGGCCCACCUGCACAUGGAGAUCGUCGGCACGCAGGGCAAGCCGGCCAUCGCGCACCGUGACCUCAAGUCGAAGAACAUCCUGGUGCGCUCGAACGGCACGUGUGCCAUCGCCGACCUGGGGCUGGCCGUGCGCCACAUGCCCGACGACUCGGUGGACAUCGCGCCCAACAGCAGGGUCGGCACCAAGCGCUACAUGGCGCCCGAGGUGCUGGACGAGAGCAUCAACACGCACCAGUUCGAGUCGUUCAAGCGCGCCGACGUGUACGCUCUGGGCCUGGUGCUCUGGGAGAUAGCGCGCCGCUGUACGGCCGGCGGCGCCUGCGAGUACGUGCCGCCCUACCACGACCUGGUGCCGGCCGACCCCAGCCUCGAGGAGAUGAGACGCGUCGUCUGCGUCGACCGCCAGCGGCCCUCCAUCCCCAACCAGUGGCAGAGCUCCGAGGCCCUGCGCGUCAUGUCGCGGGUGAUGAAGGAGUGCUGGUAUCACAGCUCGGCCGCCCGCCUCACCGUGCUGCGCAUCAAGAAGACGCUGGGCAGCAACUGCGCCUCGGACGACAUCAAAGCUGUGCUGUAGAGCGGCCCGCCGUCGCUCCGGCCGGCCGGCUGCCGGUCCCGUGUGCAGACUGUGGACAGCCCGCUCGGACUGUCGGAGCUGUGAUCUGUGGCGGGCCAGCGCCGCCGCGGCGUCAGCUGGCGCCGAGCGGCUCGCCCUGCAGAGGUCGGCACGUGGCUGUGCGUGCCGCCGGGAUGCGGCCGGUCAUCUGAUGAGCGGAGACGACAGGCGGUCUGCCGCCACCGCCGCCGCCGUGACGGUCGGGCUGGGCCGUGUCCGGGCCCGCCGCCGGCCACCGGAGAGCCGGACGUGGGCUCGCGUGCUGGCGUGCGCCACUAGACACCGCCGGCGAGACGGCCGGGUGGCGGCGCUCGGACUGUGACGACGCCCCGCCGCCGCCGCCGGCGCGCUGUAGUCGGCACGUGGACGGACGCCGGCGCGCGUGUGUAUAUUACUGCAGCUGCUGUGGUGAUGGCAGCUGACGGCGCUAGCGGGCCGAGGGACCGGCGCCGGCGCCGGCGCGUGAUGACGCGGGCUGCGUGCGGAGGUGCGCCGCCUCCCUAAUGUCAGCCGGCGGCGGACGAUCGGACGCCGGACGGGCGGGUUCUGAACCCGUCGACGGCCGGCUGUGCCGCCGCCGCCGAGCGGACCAAGCGUGUGAUCGGGUGGCCACGGUCAGUACGGAGCCGGCCGGCAGGCCGUCGGCGGCGGCUCGGCAGCCGGAGCCGGGGCGACGACCGCUGGCACGGGAG